AUCAGAUUCCCACUUCAGCUUCGCGCUACGGCUGAGGAAGCUGCAGAGGAAACUUUGACCACUUCAGUUGUUAGCCUAGCAGCGGAGACACACAUCUCCUUUAUUGUUUACAAGUCACUUAUUUAUUCGACUAGCCCUUUUAAAAAGAUGUGGUUUAUUUAUUUACUCAGCUGGUUGUCGCUGGUGGUACAGAUAUGUUUCGUUACUCUAGCUAUUGCUGCAGGCCUGUAUUACCUAGCAGAGUUAAUAGAGGAGUACACAGUCGCCACCAGUCGCAUUAUAAAAUAUAUGAUUAUGUUCUCUACAGCCGUUCUGGUGGGACUCUACCUGUUUGAGGGCUUCCCAACACUCAUGAUCGGAGUGGGGCUCUUCACAAACUUGGUUUACUUUGGUCUGCUGCAGACGUUUCCAUACAUUAUGCUGACCUCACCAAACUUUAUCCUGUCAUGUGCACUGGUUGUGUUAAACCACUAUAUGGCCUUCCAGUAUUUUGCAGAGCAGUACUAUCCUUUCUCUGAGGUUCUGGCGUACUUCACAAUAUGCCUGUGGGUGAUUCCAUUCUCAUUCUUUGUUUCUCUUUCUGCUGGGGAGAAUGUCCUUCCAUCCACUGUGCAGCAGGGAGAUGAUGUGGUGUCAAACUACUUCACUAAAGGCAAGCGGGGCAAGCGCUCGGGCAUCCUGCUCAUCUUCUCCUUCUUGAAGGAGGCUGUUUUGCCAAGCCGACAGAAGAUGUACUGAUGAAGCAGUUGAAAUAAGCAUCGGACGGAGGGUUUGGGGGGGAGGGGGUUGUUCAGGCCACCGGCCCCUUUCAUUGGACAGCAUCUUUUUGUGGGAGGGAUUCGUUUGCAAUGAUGAUCAUGAGAUUGAAUCUGUAGGACCACAUCAGAACAAACACGCACAGACUCCUCGAAUGAACUAAUCUGUCCAUUGAUUCAUGUCGAGAGUCACCAGCUCAUUGUGUUUUAGGCGUAUAAAGCCAUGAAAGGACUUCAGAAGUCUUUAAUUUUUAAAGGCUUAAUCUUUUGACUUGUCUGUAUGUGGAUGAUUGUGGAAGGGGCUUUGGCUUCUGUAGCGUCGCUAGAGGCUCCUGCUGAUUUCCUUCUAAUCACAUCACUUCAAAAGCCAAUGUUUGUGUUCGCUCAUGAAUAUGUCUGGAUUUUUUGUUCACGUUUUAAAGGAAUGUUUUACCCCGAAUUCUUCAGUUUGCUCACUGUCAGUACAUAGUCACGUUUUACACUACAAUCAUUUGCUUUGAGGUCAGACCUUAAUCAAGUAAUUUUUUAAUGAUCUGAUGUUCAUAAGGAUUGUUAAUGUCCUUUCUGCUCCAUUUGAGCUUUAUAAAUCCAUUUUAUAUCAUCCGGUGGUUUGACGAUUAAAGAAAAGCUAGUCUUCUGGUAAAAUGUUGCUUUAAAUAUACUGGAAUCAUGACAAGGCAUUGUGUUGGCCAUGCUUAAUUUGUGUGCUGUACAAAAAUCUAAUAAAAUUCAGUUGUAUGAGUUUUUGAAAGGUAAA